AUGAAAAAAGAUGGAAGCCAAAAGUUUGGUCUUGGAGAGUUUGGCUUCCAAGGAGAAUGGAGGAUGGAAAAUACAGAGAAGCUUUCCAUGAAAGGAAUGGACCUUGCUUUAUGUUUUCCGACAUGUUUUAUAAUCACACAAUAGCAAUAAAGACCCGAUUGAAAGUAAUUAAAUGUUUUUGUGUAUGGCUUAUUGUGUCUUCUAUGCCCAAAUCAAAGAGGUUAGUCAAGAAACUUUUGUUGACAUGAUUUUGACGAAUCAUUGGAUGUUCGACAUUUUUUUUGAAUGCCAAAUGAUCAGUAACCAUAAUAUGUUAAGAAGAUAUCACUUUGACGUUUGUAAGUGCGACCGAAUAAGUGAUCGGUUGUUCCAUGUGAAGAUUUGCAUCAGAACUUCUAUCCAUCCUACAAUCCCAAUGAACAGUUAGCAAACAUAAGAGGACUUACUUGAAGAAAAGGGUGUCAACUUCAGGCUUGUUAAACUCCUGCAACUUUGGAAACAAGUACAAGAAAUUGCAUUUUCCUUGCCAAGUGUGGCACCAGCCUCAUGGCCAUAUAUCUCUUGUCAGUGCGGAAUUUAGGCUUGUAUUCUAACGUUGUGAUGCCUGUAAAAAUUUCUUGGGAUCAUUGAACUGCUUUUGGAAAUUUGUUUCUUCGCGGAAAGUAUUUCUGGUAAUAUUUUGUGGGGUUUUAACUCUCUAACAUAGAGCUCAUGGGUCAUGUAUGGGCUCUCUUUCUGAUCAAUUGUUGCACUACUAUUUUCAGGAAAAUAAGCAAGGGAAUACCCAUAAGGAGAGCGAAGAACCUUAGGAAACAGAAAGCAAUAGAGCGAGCAAUUUCCAAUGACGAGAAGCAGACGGACAAAAUAGCAAAGAACAAGGACAAAUUAUCGAGAAUCCAGUCAGCUAAAUCAUUGUACGACUAA